GAGAACGAUAGGCGCGAUAGGUUCGAUAGCAGCACGCGCCGCAGAAAUUUGCCAAUAAUUUUCGCACCGCACCUUCCUCGCAAGCGUCGCAAGAGGAGGCGUCGUGAGAUGGCAAUGGCAACGGGAGCAGGAUCUGGAGCAGGCGCUUCGGUGGAGCAGCUGGUGGCCCAGACACUGCAGGCGGCCACGAAUCCGAGCCACGAGAUCGUCCAGAAGGCGGAGGCACAGCUGCGCGAGUGGGAGCAGCAGCCGGGCUUCUUUCCCACGAUUGCCCGACUGAGUAUGCGGCGGAGUGGCGGAUGCGGCGACGCCCAGCACGGCGGAACCUCCAGCACGGAGGACUCUGAGGUGAAGGUGCGUUGGAUGGCGGCCGUCUACCUGAAGAACGGUGUGGAGCGCUACUGGCGGCCCAACUCGCGCCAGGAGCUGCCCGCCGAGCAAAAGCAGCAGAUCCGGGAGGUUCUGCUGCGCCACUACGACGCGGAGGAGGUGCCCCAGGUGGCCCUGCAGAUAGCCGUGCUGCUGGGCCGUUUGGCACGAACGGAUUACCCCCGGUUUUGGCCGGAACUGCUGCCCACGCUGAUGAAGCAACUGCAGGCCUGCGGCACAGACGGCGAAUCGGCCCUGCAGCAGCGAAUUCUCAUCGUCCUGCACUAUGUCCUGAAGGCCCUCGCCUCCCGGCGGCUUAUGGCCGAGCAGCGGGCCUUUGAGGAGCUGGGCUCUCAGAUCUUUGGCUACCUGGCGUGGGACAUAUGGGCCCCGCUCACCGCCCGGUUUCUGCAGCUUGUCCGCAAGGAGGAGGCCCUGGCCCUCAAUGCCCUGCAACGGGCAUACGUGGUGAUGAGAUCCCUUCGCAAGCUGGUGGUCUACGGCUGCGCCAAGCCGUACAAGUCCACGGACCAUAUGAACUUUGUCGAGCAGCUCUUCCAGCGGCUGCGACAGUGUCUGGAGCUACGCUACGAACUGAGGAUGGGAUCGGGUACGCCCGGAACUGCCACGAUUCUCACCGAACUGGAGCGUUUUGUGAUCAAGAUGAUGAAGACCCUCAACGAACUGAUGGAACGGCAUUCGGUCUCCUUUGCGAGGUUCGUUCCGGUGGCCCUGGAGUUCAGCUUCCACUAUGUGUUCCACGAGGGCACCGCCCUCAUCUUCGAUGCCGGCGACCGGAUCAACUUUAGCAACUUUGCCAUCCAGGCCUUGAACAUGCUGAAGGGUAUCAUGCUGAGCGGCAACGACAGCAUCAGUGCUCCGCCCGAGGGAGGAGCUUCUAUAGAGGACGAGCUGUUGGCCAGUGCUGCCCAGAGCCAUGCCAAGUUCUUCACGGCGGAGAGAGUGACCUACAUCUGCGAGAAGAUCGUGACGCACUACUUUCUGCUCACGCAGCAGGAGCUGGAGGAGUGGCAGCGGGAUCCCGAGGGCUACGAUCAGGACGACGGCGGUGGCGAUGCAUGGAAGUAUUCCUUAAGGCCCAGUGUGGAGACCCUCUAUUUCACCUGCUUUACGCAACACUCGCAAGUGAUGAUCCAGGAGGUUCUCCGCUUCGUGAGACGCGCCCAGCAGCUGCAGCUCACCCCGGAAUCUGAUCUGAAGGCCAUCCUACUGAAAGAUGCCAUCUACAACGCUGUGGGCCAAGCAGCCUUCCACUUCUUCAAUAAGCUAGACUUCGGGGCCUGGCUUACAUCUCAGCUGCUUGCGGAGCUACGAGUGGAGGCCCCAAACUUCCGCAUCCUGCGGCGUCGUAUUAUCUGGCUGGUGGGCCACUGGGUGGGCGUGCAAUUGCCCAGAGAGCUGCGUCCCCUGGCUUACGAAGCCUGCCUGCAUCUCCUACGGCCGCAGGAGGACAUGCCCACGAGACUGGCCGCCGCUAGGACCUUGAAUCUAUUGAUCGACGACUUUGAGUUCAUGCCGGAAGCCUUUCACCCCUAUUUCCCAUCGCUCUUCGAGGCACUUUUCCUGCUGCUCCAUGAGGCCGCCGAAUGUGACACCAAGAUCGUGGUACUGGGAACGAUGACGCUGCUUGUGGAGAAGAUGAGCGAGUACAUCGAGCCGCAGGCGCUACAGUUCAUCGCUUAUCUGCCGCUUCUGUGGCGCGAGAGCGAGGAGUAUGACCUCCUGCGCUGCGCCAUCAUCGGAACCCUCGAACAGCUGGUCAGAACGAUCCGAGAUGUCCCAGAGCCAAUGAAGCCCUUCCUCUACAGCGUGAUUGAGUUGAGCACAGAUCUUCAGCAACCUUCACACGUCUACCUCAUCGAGGACGGUAUUAUGCUCUGGCUGGCGGUGAUUGGGAAUUCGACUGCACUGACGCCCGAACUACUUGCACUGUGCGACCACCUGCUCCCCAUAAUCGAGAUGUCGUCAGAAAACCUACGCACCGUGCUGCAGCUGAUCCACGCCUAUAUCCUGCUGGACGCUCAGGCCUAUCUAAGUCGCUACGGCGAGGGAUUCGUGGCGUACUGCGUGCGCUCGUUUGAGGACAUUCGCGUGGAGGGCAUCAUCGCCAUGCUGCGCAUCUUCGAGACAUGCCUGAAGACGGACGCGGCGAUGGGACUGCGGCUGGUGCGCCCAGCACUGCCCUUCGUCUUCCAGCAGGUGUGCCUUAAGCAGGAGUAUCCUAUGACCAUGGGAUGGUAUCUCACUAUCGUGGCCCGCACGCUGCUCAUCGACCAGGCUGUAUUCACGUCGGUGGUGCAGCAGUUGCCGCAAUCUGACGCCUUGGCCCGCAUCCUGGACGUGUGGAUCGAGAUGUUCCCGAUGGUCCCAGACACGCACGCUGAGAAGCGGAAGCUCUUCUGCUUGGCCUUCGCUUCGAUCUUUGGCAGCAAUGAGCUGCUGUUGGCACGACUACCCCAUAUUCUGCAGCUCGUGGACGAGACACUGGGCGAGGUGAUGGACAAGCAGUACGCCGCCGCUGAGGAGGGAGCGUCAAAGACCACGCCCCGCUUUUACGACUCGUUGGUCAUCCAUGAUGAGCACGAGCUCGACGAACUUCAGCAGACGCUUGGCAGUGGCGGUGGCGUCAUUGAGGACUUUCACGCCAAAGGCUAUCCUGCCAAGACCUAUCACGACGACCGACACCGGCAGCUGGUGCUCAAAGACCCCGUCUACAAGAUCCCCCUCACCGAGUAUCUCAAGUGGCAUCUGCAGUCGCUGCAAGCACAGCUCGGAUCCCAGCGAUACGAGCAGCUAAUGCGGUCGGUGGUCCCGGAGGUGCUGGAGAGGAUAACGAUGUACAUAGAGCAGACUGUGCCCAAGGCCUGCGUGGUGUGCGCGGGCUCGGGAUCCGGAUCGGGGGCGCCUGCGGACGAGACGCUCUCCGAACAGGUCGAGUCCGGCUGAUCCCGGACUGCUGUGCUUCAAAAGCUUUCUACGCUAAGUUAUUAAUGUAUUUUGUAUUGAAAUUAUAUAUUUUUAAUUGUUAAAA